AACGAAACGCUUUUCGUCAUGGAUGGCAUCAUGUCUGUGGCGUUCUGCAGGUGAGAGGACAAGACAAGAAGCGAGUGGAUCGAUUGCCUGCCAACAACCUUGCUUCAUUUCUAUCCGCAUCUACAUUGCUUUGCUUCUUCUCCCACCUCGCUUCCACCUCGCUUCCAGCCAGCCAGCACACUUUCGCUUCCUUCCUUUCCUCGCACCUGACAACCUCCGAAGAUGCUCCGCGUUGCUCGGUUUGCGCGUGCCGCCGCUGGCGUUCGCCCCGCUGUCGCUGCCGCCUCCCGCCUGUCAACCACCCAGCGUACCAUGUCCGCCCAUGCUCGCGAGGGCUGGAUUGUCGUCGAGGAAACCGGCGCAAGCCGCUACCAGAACCGGAUUAGCGAUGGUCGCCACGAGACACUCGCCGAUGAGCCCGGCACAUUCGACGGCGGCUGCGACACAGGCAUGAACCCAUACGGCUUCCUUCUCUCCGCCCUCGGCACAUGCACCAACAUGACCAUGAGGAUGUAUGCUACGCGGGAGAACAUUCCACUUGAGCGGUCGCGCGUGUUUGUGAAGCACGGGCGCACAUGGGCCAAGGACUGCGACGAGUGCCACUCCACGUCCGGCAGGGUGGACGUGAUUGAGAUGGACGUUGAGCUGGAGGGCGCCAACCUCACAGACGAGCACCGCAAGAAGCUCAUGAAGAUUGCCAACUCGUGCCCCGUCCACAAGACCAUGACCACAGAGACGCUUGUUCACGUGAAUGAGUUCAAGGAUGAAGCCGUGGAGCAGUCGUAAUCAAACCCGGCAUCCCCUGUCCACAGGGAGGAAACACAUGCCUCCCUCCUGGCUGGGCAUGACAUGAGAUGCGCCUUUGUGUGCGGGACUUUGUUCUUUCUUAUUCCCUUUUCCUCGUUCUUUGCUCCUUCUGCUCUGUAGUCUGGGUGGCGCUGAGGCCGGGUGGUUGUGCAUGUUGGUCAUUGCUGGUCAAUGUGUGUUUCUGUACACGGCCAUUAUCUUUUUCCUGGCCACACAACGAGUGAGAUUAUAUGAUUAAAAACCAUCCUCCAUC